AUGUUAAUCGUUGAUAUUGGUCGCUCUCUUCCAGCAGAAACUGUCAAUCAAAUACAUUAUUCAAGUAAAGUUGCACCUGCACCAAUGUCGGUUUCUGGACAACAAGAUAAUUAUGCACCUCCUGCUUAUUCUCUUCCAGUUUCAACAGUUUGUUCUCAAUGUAGUGCAUUACGACAAGAUCUUUCAGCUAAAUUUUGCUCAACUUGUGGACAUUCAUUUGAUAGAUAUUGA